UAAUGCUACUAAGAGCAUAACUGGUUUCCCCAAUUACAAUAAGACGCUUCACACACAGUCAUAUGGCAUCUGGGAAUUCUGUAAUCGUAUCAAGUCAAAUAAAUGUAUCAUCUACGUCAGUGUUGGCAACGGAAAGUUCAUGUCAAAACAGUAUCGCUAUAUCGGAUUCUCCUCGUCACCAUACUGUCCCACAUGGUGAAGCUCAUCCCCCUCCUACGCAACUCAUCAAGUUAAAUUCUCUUGCUGGCCCAUCAGUCUCAAGAAAAGAAAAACUUCAUACAUCUUCUCGAUUCGGUGCUCCAAAGAGUCGUGAACUUAAUCCUUUACCUCUUAUUAAAGAUUCUGACAAUCAAGAAAAGCGAGAGGAGCUAUUUAUUCAAAAACUAAAACAAUGCUCAGUUGUAUUUGAAUUUGUACCGGAUAUUUUAAGCGAUUUAAAAGAUAAAGAGGUGAAACGAGCAGCUCUGCACGAAUUAACUGAAUAUCUGACUGAAAAUUCCGGCAUAAUUACAGAUUCAAUAUAUCCAGAAGUGGUUCGAAUGGUUGAAGUGAACCUAUUUCGUACGUUACCACCACCAAGUAAUCCAUCUGGUGCAGAAUUUGAUCCAGAAGAGGAUGAGCCAACAUUGGAGGCAGCUUGGCCUCAUUUACAAUUGGUAUAUGAAUUCCUACUUCGUUUCAUUGAAUCUCGAAUUUCCAACCAAAUGUUGCUAAGCGUUAUUUCGAUACAAAAUUUGUAUUACAGGUGUUCUUCUUCAAUAUCUGUCUAUUGCGACUCGUUAUUUUUUGCUAAUCUACCGAUGAAUAUAGAACUAUUAGAAUUAUUCGACAGUGAAGAUCCUCGUGAACGUGAUCUUGUCAAAACUAUUUUACAUCGUGUAUAUGGAAAAUUUCUUGGAUUACGUGCAUUUAUCCGUAAACAAUUUGGUAACAUAUUUUAUAAGUUCAUUUACGAAACAGAAGUUCAUAAUGGAAUUGCUGAACUUUUAGAAAUUUUGGGCAGUAUCAUUAAUGGAUUUGCAUUACCAUUAAAAGAAGAACAUAAGAUAUUUUUAAUGCGUGUAUUACUUCCAUUGCAUAAAGUGAAAUCAGUUAGUAUAUAUCAUGCACAAUUAGCUUAUUGUGUAAUACAAUUUUUAGAAAAAGAUCCAACACUUACUCAACAGGUUGUUCUUAGUUUAUUAAAAUUUUGGCCAAAAACUCACAGUCCUAAAGAAGUGAUGUUUUUAAAUGAAUUAGAAGAAAUUCUUGAUGUUGUUGAUCCAUCAGAAUUUCGAAAAAUUAUUCGACCACUUUUUACACAAUUAGCUAAAUGUGUAUCAUCUCCUCAUUUUCAAGUUGCAGAACGUGCAUUAUACUUUUGGAGUAAUGAUUAUAUCCUUCAAUUAAUGCAUGAUCAUGUUGAAGAAAUUCUACCUAUAAUGUUUCCUGCUUUAUAUCGUACAAAAGAACAUUGGAAUAAAACAAUUCAUGGUCUUGUAUACAAUGCUCUUAAAUUAUUCAUGGAAAUGAAUCAAAAACUUUUUGAUAAUUGUACACAACGAUAUAAAGAAGAGAGACAAAAAAGUAGAGAAGAAGCUAAACGUCGGGAACGUGUAUGGGCUACAUUAAGUGAAACUGCCAAAGGCAAUCCAUUGUACGCUGUGGUUAUGAAAGAAGCAUCAGUUUUAAAUAGAGAAUUGCCAAAUUCAGUUGCUCCUAAUUCCAUUUCAUCACCAUCUCCCAUGGGUGACCAUUGUGUAAAUAAUGGGACUCCAUCUACAAGUAACACUGAAAAUGACGACGGUCCUCUUGGUGCAGAUGAAGACGUUAGCGGUUCAUUGAUGAAUCUUCAACGUGAAGCGGAGGAUGAUACGGAACUUCGUGGUAUAAUCAAUGAACGACGUCGUGAUAAACUUCCUAUGAUUCAACGAAAAUCAGAGCUUCCUCAUAGUCAAACUACUAUACGUGCUCUUGAACAACAUCGUCGUCCAGAUGAAUAUUUAAAAACUCAACCUGACAGCUAA